GUGUGUGUACUGUGGGCUGGAAGCCAAAAUCACAAGGAAGUUGUGAUCUGUUGCUCAUGCCCAGUAAACAGAAACUACUUUCAUUUUCUCCCUGUACAGCAAGUCUUUGGUUUGGUGACGUUACAGUGAUUUCCUGCAAACACGUCCCUUAAACAGAAUUCUUUGAUUUGACUCUGUACCCCUAGACUCUGGCAGCAUUUACCAGCAGCAAUUACACGGAAUAUCGUUGAUGUUUUCCACAACUACACGGAGGAAAUGUCUGAACAGCCCAGCAAAUCCAGCCACUUCCUUAUAUAGACUCUGCGCUUUGCUUGUACAGGCCGGGAUCUGCCCCGGUGUCAGAUGAGGCGGCACUAAGGUUUAUUUUAGAGUCCAGUGAAGAUAGAACUGGUUUCAACAUGCAUCAGAGUGGCUUUAAAAAUGAAGAAAAUAUAUAUCAAGAUACAGUUCCUUCUUCAGUACCUGCUUUAGGUUCUUCUAGAGCUGAAAGCUUAGUGGGUGAACUUCAUGGAAUGCCAAUGUAUCCCAUCACUACUGAGACAGAUAUUGAUAUCACUGCUGUACUAUUGCCAUCUGGACAUAUUCAAAGCCAUCAUCAUGCCAUGAGAACAGCAGUUAGUGAGACUCAACCUCCUGCUUUUGCCUUACUGCCAAACAUGUCGAGUCAAGACAAACCUAGAUUACUUCUGAAAAUGCAACCUGCUAAAAAAGACACUAAUGCAAGUUCAACUCUACCAUUUCAUUUUGGAACACAAUUAGGUUCAUUCGUUAUGGAAGGCAACCCAAUUGAGCAGUUUCGUGAAGAGAAGCAGACAAAGAAAGAUUUUAUUCUUUCUGAAAAUGGCACUGAGAAACAUAUUCAAUCUUUGGGUAGACCAGAGCACACAAUAUGUGAAACACCAGAGUUUGGGUUUUAUUAUUCAGGUUUAAAUAUUAAGGCAGAAAAAAAUCCACAAGAUAUGCUUUUAUUGCUGCAGAAUAGGACUGAUAUGACAAGUCUUCAAAGAAAGUGUAGAGCCUUAAUGACAUCUGAAGAUCCUAAAAUAAUAGAAUGUUCUGAUCUGUAUUGCAGUGAACAUGAUAUUAAACCUCAAACCUAUGUAAAUUCUCAGGAUCAAACACAAAAAAAAGAAGAGACAGUCUCUCAUAAAGAGAACCAGACUUAUACAAUGACAGAACCAUUUUUGAAGAGAGAAGAAUGUGUUGUUUUCCUUAAAGAACUACAGCAACUUUCAUGUAAAGUCACAACCAGUGACUCAGACACAAAAAACAAUAUACUUAAACCACAAGAACAAGCCAUGCAAAUCAAAUCCUUACUUAACAGUAUGCAUGGCAGUACACACCAAGAGAAUCACAACAUUACAAAAUAUCAGCUUGAAGCGACUCACAUUGAACUAAAUGAAAAGCCACCCAAAGAUGAUCAAGGUGUUAUUCAUGAAUGUGCAGUAUCUGAAGAGACUGAAGUUGAAGAGUUACUCAGUAGUAAGAAUAUGAGUGAUCACUGUGAAGAGGCAGAUGUUAAAGAAGAUGAAUUUAUACAGAGAAAUGAUGCUCUUAAUACAAGUGCCAUAUGCAAAAAAACUCAAGAUAAGGACAAUAUUUAUGGUAAGGAUCACUUUGGAAUGAAUGAACACAUUCAGUUUGAAGAGACUCAAUUGGGACAAGUGGAGAAUGUGCACACAAAAAAUAAUAUUCUUAAAAAAAGGGACCAGUUGGAUGAGAUGGAAGUUGGAGAAGGUUCUGUGAAAGACCAGCCAAUACCUGGGCUUAAAAACAUAGGGCAGAAGGACACACAUAGUACCUAUAUGGAACCUCCUGUUGAAUUAGACCUAGAUGAUAAUAUUCACAGAAAUAUGUAUACUGUUAAAAAAUUGCAUGGAGAAACUCAAGUUAAGGACACGCUAAAUAGAAAGUACCUUAAUAAAAGUAUUCAAUUUGUAAAAAAUCAAGGAGCACAAAUGGAGAAUGUACAGAGAAAAGAUCAUUUUGAUAUCAGUACAAAUGACAUGUAUAACACUGCUCUGGUUGGAGUAGAUGAGUACAUAAGCAGAAGGGAACAUUCUGUUAUUAAAGAUAAUGUGAAAUAUGAGAAUAAAGGUCAAGUUGAAGCUACGAAUUUACACAGAACAAAUCUUCAUUCUAAUAAAAGUGAGAUAAUAACAGAGACUCAAGAUGAACAAGAUCAGAAUAAAUACACAAAGGAUAAUACUGUUGAUAAAAGUGACCAAUUGGAAGAGAUGGAAGUUAGAGAGGAUUCUGGGAAAGACCAUCCCAUCCCUUGGCUUAAAGACACAGGGCAGAAGGGCACACAAAGUACUUUCAAUGAAAGGCCCAUUGAAGAACAGAACAUACACGGAAAGGAACAUUCUCUAAAUAAAGGUGAUGUGGAAGAUGAAAAUAAAGGCCAAGAUGAGGCAGAGGAUGCAUACAGAGUAAAUCAUAAUGCUAUCAAGAAUGAAGUGUUUGAAGAGGACCAGGUUGGAGAAGAUGAGAAUAGGCACACAAAGAAUCAUACCAUUGAUAAAAGUGACCCGUUGGAUGAGAUUGAAGAUAGAGAAGAUUCUGUGAAAGACCAACUCAUCCCUUGGCUUAAAGACACAGGGCAGAUGGGCGCACAUAGUACCCUCAAUGAAAGUCCGGUUGAACUAGUCCCUGAUGUUGAAGAUAAGAACAUACACAGAAAGGAACAUUCUGUAAAUAAACGUGAAGUAGAAGAUGAAAACAAAGACCAAGUGGAGGCUGAGGAUGCAUACAGAACAAAUAAUAAUGCUAGCAAGAAUGAAGUGUUUGAAGAGGAGAAGGUUGGAGAAGAUGAAAAUAGACACAGCAAGAAUCAUACUAUUGGUAAAAGUGACCAGUUUGAAGAGAUGGAAGAUAGAGAGAAUUCUGUGAAAGACCAACCUAUCCCUUGGCUUAAAGACACAGGACAGAAGGGCACACAAACUACCUUUAAUGGAAAUCCUGCUGAACUAGACCCAGAAGUUGAAGAUGAUCAUCUAGACAGAAAUGAGAUUUAUACUGUUAAUAAAAGUGCCAUAUGUGAACAAACACAAAUUAAGGAAAAUGUUUAUAGAAAGGAACACUGUAAAAUGAUUAAAAGUGUUCAAUUUGAAGAGAUUCAAAUGAGAGAAGAACAGAGAACAGAUCAUUAUGAAAUCAAUAAAAAUGACAAGGCUCUGGAUGAAGAAGGAAACAACAUACAUAGGAAGGAACAUUCUGGAAAUAAAAUUGAUCCUGAAGAUGAGAAAAAUGGCCAAGAUGCAGCAGAGAAUCUACACAGAACAAAUCAUCAUGCUAUUAAAAGUGCAAUGUUCACAGAGACUCAAGGUGGAGAAGAAGAGAAUAUACACACAAAGGAUAAAACUAUUGAUAAAAGUGACCAGUUGGAAGUGGGAGAGGAUUCUGUGAAAGACCAACCCAUCCAUUGGCUUAAAGACAUACGGCAAAAGGACACACAUGGUGCCUUCACUGAAAGUCCUGCUGAACUUGACCCAGAUACUGAAGAUGAUAACAUGAAAUCACUGGAAGAAGAAUGCACCGCUAACUAUGGAAACAUAUUCAAUGCAUGCCGAACAAAUUUGGAUGAAUUCCCUGAAGUUGCAUGCCCCACAAGUACUCAAUUAUUGGUUAUUGAGUGUGGUUUGUCAAACCAGUGCACAGUCCAAUCUGAAGAGCGACCAGCAUAUAAGCCAGAUAACAAAAAUGAAGAGAAGGCAACUCCUCAAGUUUUUAUCAAGACACCAACACAAGAUACAUAUGGAAAGAUAAUUCGAGAAAAGGGUCUAUCACUUUUAGAAGAUUUAAGGAGAAAUUAUUUAGACUCUGAAGGUCAUGGGUUCACCCUAUUAGACUCUGGAAUGGUUUUAACCGGAGAUGACAGUCAACGAGAGAAAAAUAUUGCUUUUGUUACACUGAGAAAUGGAUUAAAACUGGGAAUGGCAAUUCCCAUAUCCGAUCUGUUCUUUUAUUACAACUUGGGACUCCAUUUUUAUAUCACUGAGCAGCUGAACGACGACUGGUAUUGUGUAAAAGACAGAAUAACCCAAGAAAAGAUGCUAAUGAAAAAGGUUCCAGUUAUCUCCAGCUGGGGAAAAUCUCUACAUAACUUCCUGUUCCUCCCGUAUCACCCCCGGCUCCUGGUCCCAUACGCUGUACUGUAUGACCGAAAUGGAUCCAUUCACUAUCUCAUGGAAUACAAGCAUGUGUUAGCUAUUGGGAGACCUCCACCAGGACGCCACUUUGAUAAGGAAAAAUCAUUUUGGGAGGUGAUGCAUUUUUUGAGUUACUGCAAAAAAAAUGGUCUGCUUCCGCCGCACAUUCAAGAAACCAUCCUGCACACAGAACAGGGAGUUUGUUUUGAUCCCAGCGGCCUCUGUAAUUCUGAAGAUCCCUGCAUUUUAAAGAAAAGCAUUAAAAGUGUUUUAUUGCUUCUCUUCUGCGGUGAACAGCAGGAACACUUGGAUCGAGAGUUGGAACUCCUGCUUGACAGAGCAUACCAAUGUCUGGAGGAAGACACAGGGUGGCCAGAGCAGCUCAUCCCAGAAAAUGGCCUUUCCCUACAGAGAGCCGGCGCAAUACCCUUUUCAUUUCCUUGUUUUUUAGAAGAAAACUGAAUCCUUGCUUUUGAUUUUCCUCUACUUUAUCCUGAAUUCCUAUAAACUACUAGCAACAUAUCAUUAGGCAUUCUUUUAAUUGCCUGAAUUUCCUUUCAGUUGAUACAAAAAAUCCAAAAGGUUUUUUAAACUCAAAGAGAUCUUAACUACACAUACUGCCUACAAUGUAUUUCAUUAACAUUGAAAUUAAAGUUUUUUACAGGGGUGGGUAGGGGUCUGUCUGUAGGGGUGCUGAUGUGUAGGGGUCUGUCUAUAGGGGUGCUGGUGUGUAGGGGUCUAUCUGUAGGAGUGUUGGUGUGUAGCGGUCAAUCUGAAGGGGUGCUGAUGUGUAGGGGUCUAUCUGUAGGGGUGCUGAUGUGUAGGGAUCAAUCUGUAGGGGUGCUGGUGUGUAGGGAUCUAUCUGUAGGGGUGAUGGUGUGUAGGGGUCUAUCUGUAGGGGUGUUGGUGUGUAGCAGUCAAUCUGUAGGGGUACUAGUUUGUAGGGGUCUAUCUGCAGGGGUGCUGAUGUGUAGGGGUCUAUCUGUAGGGUGCUGAUGUGUAGGGGUCUAUCUAUAGGGGUGCUGAUGUGUAGGGGUCUAACUGUAGGGGUGCUGAUGUGUAGGGAUCAAUCUGUAGGGGUGCUGGUGUGUAGGGGUCUAUCUGUAGGGGUGCUGGUGUGUAGGGGUCUAUCUGUAGGGGUGUUGGUGUGUAGCAGUCAAUCUGUAGGGGUACUAGUUUGUAGGGGGUCUAUCUGCAGGGGUGCUGAUGUGUAGGGGUCUAACUGUAGGGGUGCUGAUGUGUAGGGGUCUAUCUGUAGGGGGUGCUGGUGUGUAGGGGUAUAUCUGUAGGGGUGCUGGUGUGUAGGGGUCUAUCUGUAGGGGUGCUGAUGUGUAGGGAUCAAUCUGUAGGGGUGAUGAUAUGUAGGGGUCUAUCUGUAGGGGUGCUGAUGUGUAGGGGUCUGUCUGUAGGGGUGAUGAUGUGUAAGGGUCUUUCUAUAGGGGUGCUGAUGUGUAGCAGUGUAUCACAUGAGGUGCAAGAGUUUGAUUUCUCUGGACUGUUCACAAAGCAAUCAGAGGCCUAACUGUAAAGGUAGCAGCCCGGGGGGGGGGGAUAACAGUUCAAUAUAUGUUUAUAAAAAUGUAAUUUGUAUGGCAUUACUGCACCCCAUGAAUUUCAUCACUGUCCCAAAAGUGUUCUUAAAACAGUUUUCUUACUCUGUAGAAAACAAAGGGUUCAACUGGAUUUUUCAUCCAUACUUCCUAUCGACUGCUGCAUGACAUAUCACAUUACUGCAUAUAGUUUGUUUCAAAUGGCAACUCGGCUGGCACUUAAGCUGGCCACAGACGAAAAGAUCUGAUUGUACGAAUCUCCCGACCUGCCACUAACCAUUCAGAUCAAAU